CUUUCGUCACUGAUUGCUGCUUUACAGCCGUUGUUUGACUCAGCCAAGGGAGACGAGAAACAAUGGAACCUACUCGUGCACAAUGCAGGAAGUUUAGGAUGCCUGACAAGCCGGGCUGACGAACGUAUCUCACUGGCGCAACUAGAUGCAUACUAUCGAACCAACGUGACGACUGUAAUGGUUUUGACCAGCUUAUUCCUGCAGCACUUCGCUCCAUAUGGUGUCCAGCAUGCUCCCACCAUGGUGGUUAACGUGAGUAGUCUUGCUGCCGCACAGCCAUUCCCAUACAUGUCGGACUACUGUACCGGCAAAGCUGCCCGAAAUAUGUACAUGGAGUGCCUUGCAGUGGACAGACCCUCAGUAGCUGUCUUCAAUUAUUCUCCCGGACCCCUAGAUACAGACAUGUAUACUCAGCUGAUACUAGAACAUGGAGAUGAGAAAAUAAAAGCACAACAUGCCGAAAGCAAACGAAGCGGGCAACUGAUUGACCCUGAUGAAUCAGCCAGAGUUUGUGUUUCUUGGAUCGCCCGGUUCCACAUUGAUACUGAGCGGGGGAACGUACCAAAAGCCCUGGUGUGUUCUGUUCACCACUCCGGAUGGUCAAAUGUAUGGCGCGGACCUCGUUUGGAUUAUUAUGACGCUGUUGCUAUGGAGCGGCGAUGA